UGAAGAAGCGAAAGGACUCUCCUCCUUAUAAGGAGAGGCCUUAGAAAGAUCAAUUCAACCUUACCAUUAUUAUAUUAUAUAUAAAGACAUAUAUACACCACAUAUAUUAUACAUACACAUCCACAAUUAUCAUUGUUAAGCAAAUUCAAAUCCUUUUUGGCAGAAAAUUAUGUCUCCAGUCAACCCAUCUAUGGAUAACUUACCAUCAAAUGUCAUGUUUGAUAUUCUAUCCAGAGUUCCGGUCAAAACAAUCAUCCACUGCAAAUGUGUAUGCAAGAGGUGGCAGAAUAUUAUUUUGGACUCUUACUUCGCGGAUAUUCACCUCUCGAGAUCACCUGCAGGCCUCAUGAUUCAUCACAAUCCUGAAAAAGUGAGAGGUGGUUACGAACCAGGAAUAUUGAAGUGGGUGGAGAUCGAAGACGAAUCUGAUUAUCACUACUUGCAUCAUGAUCUUUUCAUGAGUCUUAAUCUUAAUCUUGCAACCAUAUUUCAGGACUCUCAAAUCCUUAUAGUGGGAUCAGUCAACGGCUUGAUAUGCUUGUGGCAGUUCGGCCCUAGAGGUCAUGAUAACACUUACAUAUGCAAUCCAAUCACCAGAGAAUAUAUGAUACUCCCUAGGCAACAAUACUAUAGAGAAGGCUAUGCGAUAAUUGUUUAUGGUUUUGGAGUUGGUUUAAAGACAAACGAAUACAAAGUUAUUCGUACUUUUCAAGGGAACAUACUGCCUGAUCCUACCUCAGUAUCUCGCCCAAGGCUAUUAGAAGCUGAAGUAUACACCCUUGGCACGGGCCAAUGGAGAAGUCUUGGACAUGUCCCUUACUGGAAUGAUGGAUUUCUCGGUCCUUUUUCGAACGGCCAUACUCAUUGGUGUGUUCUUGACCCGGAUUCCCCUGAAAAGAUUUGUGCUUUUGAUUUUGACAAUGAGACAUUUAAGUUAUUUCCAUCUCCUCCUGUUGAAACUAUCGCAGAAAGUCAGAUACAUUUUCGAAGUUUGGGAGUCCUCAAGGGUUGUCUAAGUCAAUCGGAUACGUUUGAUUCUCAAUUCACGAUUUGGGUCAUGAAAGAAUACGGGAUCAAGAGUUCUUGGCAUAGAGAGGUGGUUAUCAAACAAAGUAUUUCGCCUGAAUUGGAUUGGGUGAUGUGGGAACCAAUGUAUCUGCUAGAAGGUUUAAAAGAUGGAACAAUUUUGAUGAUCUAUAAAGAGAACACAUUGUUGUCAUACUGUAAUUGUAGCAAAACAGUUGAAGACAGAAGCAUUUUCGAGCCCCAAUUCACAAGAUUGGCUUAUCAUCCUAGCUUUCUUAAACUCCUGGAUUUCAAAUCAGAGAAAGUUCAUGUGUUCUAGUACUCUAAGUGACAAGAAGAUUACGAACACCUACUAUAUAUAUAUAUAUAUCAUUGGAUUUUGUAUCAAACAAUCAU